CGCAGCAGCUGUCUGGCACAGCCUCGCCAUGAACUGCUGCAACUGCUCCGAGCCCCAGAUCCUCUGCAGCUCCGGGCAGCUAUUCCUGCAGCCCCUCUGGGACCGCCUGAGGACCUGGGAGGCCCUCCUGCAGUCGCCCUUCUUCCCGGCCACCUUCUCGAUCACCGCCUACGUGGGCUUCUGCCUGCCCUUCGUGGUGCUGGACGGCCUGGGCCCCUCGGUGCCCGCGCUGCGGCGCUACAAGAUCCACCCCGACUUCUCGCCGUCCGCGCGGCAGCUGCUGCCCUGCCUGGGACGGACGCUCUACCAGCACGUGGUGUUCGUGUUCCCCGCGACGCUGCUGCACUGGGCCCGCAGCCCGGCCCACCUGCCCCGCGACGCUCCGGAGCUGCUCCAGCUGGGCCACCACGUGGUGUUGUGCCUGCUGCUCUUCGACACCGAGUUCUUCGUGUGGCACCUGCUGCACCACAGGGUGCCCUGGCUGUACCGCACCUUCCACAAGGUGCACCACCAGAACCCGUCCUCGUUCGCGCUGGCCACGCAGUACAUGAGCGUCUGGGAGCUGUUUUCCCUGGGCUUCUUCGACAUGGUGAACGUCAGUCUGCUCGGGUGCCACCCGCUCACCGUCCUGACCUUCCACGUGGUCAACAUCUGGCUGUCAGUGGAGGACCACUCCGGCUACGACUUCCCUUGGUCCACGCACCGCCUAGUGCCUUUCGGGUGGUACGGGGGAGUGGCGCACCACGACCUGCACCACACGCAGUUCAACUGCAACUUCGCCCCUUACUUCACGCACUGGGACAGAAUCCUGGGAACUCUGCGCCCCGCGCCCGCGCGCGCGUCCUGAUGCGGCUGUGGUGGGUGCCUCUUCGCCUUUCAUGCUUGAAUCAGGAGAAACACACCUGAGCUAUUUUUUUUAAAACCAACUAACUUAUUAACUGAUGAAAACUGUUAUAGAUAAAAUCUGAUGUAUUUUUGCAGUCUGACCAAGUAAUUUAUAUAAUGUCGUGUAUCAAUACAGUCGUAUUUUUGGUGUUGAAUUCUAGUUCACUUCAAUAGCCUUGAUUCCUGGUUCUAAAUGAGGCAUUGUCAUCACUACCAUAUUUAAAUCAUCUCUAAAAGGAUUUGUUUGUAGGAUAAUGAAUUCUUAGGUUUGAAAGUGACCUAGAAUCUGGCUAAAAGAACGUAUUUUUUAUGGAAGAUCUUGACUUCUGACUCUAAAAGUAAUGAAACGUGUUCCUGCUGGACAGUGACCAAGAUUAUAGCACUUUUUUUCCCUAUUUUUUCAUAGAACUGUAUAUUUAUUUUGAAAGAAAUGUUAUUUGUGCUUUAAGAAAGAAAAAAAUAAGAACAUGAACCAAAUAAGUACUGGCUCCUGUUUCACUGGCAUUUUGACUGAUAAAUACUAAAGAGGGCAGAGGGAGCUGGGGUGGCAUCCAUCAGCCCCACCACGGAGAGUGGAAUCUGGUGGGGGGGUGUUUCGGGAGGGGUUGUAGGAGAGAAAGAGGCAGCAGGAGGGGUCUGUUUGUCUGUUUUGGUCUAGAGAUUUCAUACAGGGAGACACACUAUUGUUCUGAAUGCUUUUCAGUUGAUUUCUGCAUAACAGCCAAAUGAUAGAAUUACUCUGUAAAGUUUUAUGGAGAGAUUAACAUAGGGCAAACAUUUGAUUAUUGGGGGCAGAUGUUGGGGAAUGAACAGAAUUAGAGGAGUGCCGUGCUUUGCAAAACUGGUAAAGCCCCACUUUUCAUGAAACUAUGCUCAACUACUGCGAAUGUUCAUCAAAACCUUGCCUCUGCAAUCUGGAAUUUUUGUAUAUUCCAUUUUCUUAAUACAGAUAUACAUGCAACAUGUACAGCCCUUCCUCAACAAAAAAGUGAAAUUUGGCCCUGAAUUUUUGGUUCCUCAUCUAUAAAAGGAGGGGGUGUCCCAGAUGUUCUUGCAGACUGUUUGUGACCGUAAAUGUCCAUAUUACUGACCACAUACCUGUCACUCAUCAUGCACCCCAUCUGGCUGCUGCCUCAUUGUUUUAAUUUUGCUUUUGAAAUGUAGUUUAUAUCAUGUAAAGUUAAACAUCAAAAUAAUUUAGACAGAAAACCAUAAAGAAUGGCAGCUUUGCAGGUAAUCCUUGGCUCAUUACAUAUGAACCAAACUAUCUUGUUUAAAGGUGACAAAUCCAUCUAAAGAGCUGGUCUCCACAGUCUGCCAAAUGAGACUCCUGAGAAGUGUCUUUAGGCCCUCCAGAUGUUUGGCAGAAUGCAGCCGGAAUGCCUGGCCACUUUACUCAAGUUCCCUCUAAUGUGUGUGUUCUCUCAGUUUCUGGAUUGAAGUUACCUCAUUCUCUGUCCACAGCAGGACUUAAAGAUGACAUUGAUUUGUGAAAGUGAAAGCCAUGAAAAAGGGAAAUGAGAGAUGACAGCCAAUGCCACAUUGGAGAGAGUGUAUUAGCAUCGUGAUACCCAUAGCACCUGCAGAAAGAAGGAUAAACUGGCAGGUGUGGACUAUGUGGUGCAACUCUUAGUUGUGAGCAGCUGCAGGCACUGUGAUCUUAGGUAUUGACAGGUUGUCACAGCUCACCUUCAGAAAAUUGAAAAAACAUGUCACGUUGACUCACCAUAUAAAGGAAUUUUAGAUUUGGGGCAAAUUGCAUACAUGGAAAGUAUUAGGAUUUAGAAAUACUUUCUCAAAAUUGAUGUCUUUUAAGUUUUUAAUAGCUUGGGAGUUGAACUAGGGGAGUGGAAAGGAUGAGCAACUUUGCAGAGAGUUUGAGAGCCUGUUAAUAAUAAUAAUAAUAAUAAAUAGUUCAUAUUUGCAUGCACUGUCACACAUUGUUUCACUUGCUGCUUACAAUAACCUAAGGGAUGCAGGAUAGUUAUCAUCAUCAUCAUCCUCAUCCUAUGUUAUGGAAAGAGGAUUGGUACCCACACAGAUUACAAAAUACUAAGAAUUGGAGCCAGUUGUCUCAAACUUAGGUCUUGUAGCAUACAUUCUACCUCUCUUCUGAUAAUGUUUCUGAUAACCUGCUUAACUGCCAGAGAGAUGCAAACCCUGCGACACCAACAGCCUCUUUCUGUUGUUCAGGGGCUGAGAGCCACUGCCCCUAAAGCACAGUGUUUACCUUGCCUGCUACUUGGUGUGGAUGCCCCUGGAUUCAAAGCCUCUCCCUGGGCAGGGGAGAAAGGCAAGGAGGGUAGACCUAAGCCAGUCUAAGCAGGACCUGGGAAAGCAGGAGGCAGGCCAAGGACUGCGUUUUCUGCAUCUCUCAUUGCACCUGUGCUAAAAGCGCUACUGCUGCAGCCAGGCUUCAGCUUCCUCAUCUGUAAAGAGUGGAUAAUCACAGAACCUCCCUCACAGAGCUGUUGUAAGGGAUUUUUGAGUUCCUGGAUGCAAAGUGCUAGAUGGGUUGGAGGUCCUGGCCACACUCGUGCUUGCUGUGACAGAUGCUUCCUGAUGUGAGUACUGGACUGCAGUUCGGGGCUGUAACUUUUUGUCCACAAACAUGCUUGAGCUUUCUUACAGGGAACCAAAUAAAGCCGAGUUUUUGAUCUCGA